AACACUCCUCAACACUAAAUCCAAACAGGCAGUAACUGAAAAAACCAAACAUGGUACUGCGUCUUUAUGAGCUAAAAUAACACAUGAGAUUUCCGCCAUUGUUUGCCAUUAUCCUCUGCCAACUUUUGACUGACCUGGUAAAAGAGGGAGCCCUGUAAUAAGAUACUGUUCCGUAUAUAUCCGUGUCACACGCUUUGUGUUGGUAUAGGGCGUUGUUUGUUUACCAAAGCUGUCUGCCUUCAUAUAAUUCUGGCGUGUAAGCUACAGAGUACAGACGCUUUUAUUGCAAUCCAGCUUCUGUUCUUGGUUUGCGUCCAUUUUCUUCACUUAUUUUAUUUAAAUCAACUCGCAGUUCGGAUUUCUUGACUCCCUAGAAGAAGGCUCUAGCUGCUUACCUGAACAAAGGUGCUCUUACUCUUUUCGUCAUUGGAUUGCUUUGUACUCCGAUUUUACAAUGAAUGAGCAACCUGGGAUUUCAAGGGCCAGCUCAUCGUGCUCUAUUUCGAGUGCUAGCUUGAAAAGCAGUUCAUUGGGUACGCAGGAUGAUCAUACUAUUGCUAAAAUAUUAGCUGAGGAGGAGGAAACUUCUUUGAAGUACACAAGCAAGCUUGGAAAGAGGCUUUCUCAUUUAGAUUCAAUUGCGCACGUCCCAAGGGUAGUUCAAGCAAUACCUGAUACUAAUGAUGCCACAUUAGACCACGCAAGGCUUUCUGAAAGGUUGGCAACAUAUCAUCUCACAGAAGUUCAAAUGGAAGGAGAUGGGAAUUGCCAAUUCCGAGCCCUUGCAGAUCAAAUUUUUCAAAAUCCAGAUCACCAUAAGUAUGUAAGAAAGCAGGUUGUCAAACAGCUAAAACAUUUCAGAACACUAUAUGAAGGCUAUGUUCCUAUGAAAUACGAAAGCUACCUGAAGAAAAUGAAGAGAAAAGGGGAAUGGGGAGACCAUGUUACUCUUCAAGCUGCAGCAGACAGAUACUGUGCUAAAAUAUGUUUAGUCACAUCUUUUCGAGACAGAUGCUACAUUGAGAUCCUUCCCAAGGACAUCAAUCCUGCAAGAGAACUAUGGCUGAGCUUUUGGAGUGAAGUACAUUAUAAUUCUUUGUAUGAAACUGAUGGAGGGGUCCCGACUCGACACCAGCGAAAGAAGCAUUGGCUUUUCUAGAAUGGCCAUACUGCAGAUGGUGUGUGACUCGUGUCUAACACACAAAUGCAUAUAUAAUGUUACUUUAUAGUGCAGGUUCCUACUAAAAAUAUACUCCGUAUUUACUUUAUAGAUGUAAUGGAAGAUGAAUCUUCGUGUCGGGCCAGUCUCACAGGAACCGCUGUCUGGCCACCUUCAUUUCAGGUGCUUCUCGGUGAAUUUUUUUGAUAAAAUUGUGCGAGCAGUUUCGUUAUAAAGUGUAGACUAUGUUCACCAAAUUUCAAUUUAAAAUUCAAUAGGGAAGUAAGUUGUAAAACAUUGUGGCAUUGUGCCAAAAAAUAUAUAAAAAGCGCACUGUUUUUCAAUAAUUUAUUUAACUGACUUCCGGAUUGAGUUUUAAGCUGAAAUUUGGUGGACAUAAUUAAUCUACACUUCAUAAAUAACAUGUUGACAAAAUUGCAUCAAAAAAUGUCACCGGGAAGCACCUCAAAUGGAGGCGGCUGUACGGCGGGAAUGCCACUCUUUAAUGGAAUGUUAUAGUUGUUGUUGGGAGAAAUGUGUAAAUAUAUCCGAAGUAUAUGUGAAGGUGCCACAUAUCUCUGAAGGGAAAAGGUACAAAUAUACCCUUGUAUUAUGGGUGUGACUGUGUGAGAAUAAAUACACGCAUAUUCUAUUUUUUGGAACAAAUAUACUCCUGAAGUACAUGUAAAAGUGCACAUAUACCCCUGAACUUUUAAAAAGUGCAAAAAUACCCCUCAUGUUAUAAAGGAGAAAAUUUACCCCUAUUGACGUAAAAUUGAUAAAAUAAAUUUCAAAAAAUGCCAAAAAUAAAUCAUAAAUUCAAAAUUAAAAAUAAAACUUUUUAAAAAUGUACUUGUGUCCAAUUCUCACUUUUAUUGUUUUUAUAUCACAAUUUAGUAGUGUUACUAUAAAAUAUUAUUUCAAAACUUUACUAUAUAUUUUAGAUUCUUUCAAAAAAAGUGUUAACGUAUGUGUUGGCGUGUUGCAAUGUAAAAAAAGAAUUGCAUUCUUUACACUAAAAUUACGUAUUUUGUAUGAUGAUAAAUAGUCUAGGAUUACAAAAUAGUGAAUUUAAUUUUAUUAAGGACAAUAAUGAUUUUAAUAGGUGUGAAUUUGAAGUGCUUCAGUUACAAAGAGCUAAUAUUUUAACAUGAAGUGAACAUAACUCUCUAUCAAAACCAGAACCCUAGAAGAUAGAAAUAAAAAAGAGAGACAACAUUGCAAAAUCUUUGAUUCAUUAGUGUCCAUAGGACAUUGCAAUCAUCAAAACUCUUGCCAAUUUGAGAGAAGUCAAAAGAUUAGAUCGUCCAUGAUCUCGUCGCCUAGGGCCGACUGAUAUCUAGAAUUAUUGUUCUCAAUAGAUGCCACUAUUAACACAUGGUGUUGAUGUUUGUAUCAUAUACAGAGUAUUAGACAAUCUCUAAUGCUACAAUGUGCACAUUACACAUGUGGAAUGUGAGAUAAUUAAUUUAUUAAUUUAGUAAUACAUUAUAGCAUUCGAGGUGCUCUUAUACUUUAUACUAGACAGUUUAUGGUAUAAUAUACACACUCUGCUCAAGGAGAAUUGCUACAUUCCUAUUUUGGUUGGCUUUCCAUAAAGAAAGGUGCAAACAUACGUAUAAAGUGACAAAAAUACAACUAAAUUAAUAUGACUUGUCAUAUUAUUUAAUGACUAGUUCUCAGUGACUUAUCAUCAAUCAGAGACUUGUCAUUCUGAAAUACACUAUAAUGACUCUUUUCCAAUUACUCAUACAUAGUGAUCAAUCACACUUUUGUCCAAAAACAUAACUAUAAUAGCCUAGUAUAUUUAGGAAUCUUCCUAAUAUAUAUUUGGGAAUCUGCCUAAUAUCUAUUUAGAAAUACUUUGUAUUUUGGCAACUCUUCUAUUAUAAAUAUAUUUGUUAGGGCACCAAUUGGAGUACCCUUUUCCCAUUAUUUCACAUGGUAUCAAGAGCUUAUGUUUUUAGAUACAGUUUUUUUUUUUUUUUGGUUCCCAUGAACUCUAGUACAGCCGCCGCCGCCUUGGGGUCAACUGCCGUCACAUCUACGGCAGUUUGCGAUCCUUUGAGGAUGAGUGCAGCUGAUAUGGCGCGGAUCACCUUCUCAGCGUCGCUGACCACGGUGCUUGCUUCCAGUGUGCCAUUGAGUUCGUCGCCUGCUGCUGCAUAUGUCCGCACAACCCACCUUUUCUGCGUCGCUGACCAUGGUGCUUGCUUCCAGCGCGCCGUUGAGUUCGCCGCUUGCUGCCGCAAACAUUGAUUCUUUAGAUAUAUUUACUAAAAGUUUAUUUGUUCGCAAUUUCAUUUUUAAAAGACAACUUGCGCGUUGUAUCUCCCGCACAGUUUGAGGGGGUGUAAUAGCCUAAUAUAUUUAGGAAUCUUCCUAAUAUAUAUUUGGGAAUCUGCCUAAUAUCUAUUUAGAAAUACUUUGUAUUUUGGCAACUCUUCUAUUAUAAAUAUAUCUAUUAGGGCUCCAAUUGGAGUACUCCUUUCCC